ACCUGGAUGUAAAACGAGCAAGAUGCGCAUUCGGGGUUAAUGUCUAUGAGAAACAAUCACAAGAGUUCAGCUGCGUAGUUGUUUUCUGGAUUGAAUUGAAGAAAAAAAAAACGGUAUCUCUAUUCCCUAGCUAUUGUGCAUAGUGGAAUGCAAACAAAACUGUCAAGUUGACAUUUGUAUCUACCGCAAUCAAAAUGAGCACUGAAGACUUUCGAUUUGCUGAAGUUUUCUCGUACGAAAGCUUGGUGCAUGCAAUGGCAGGAGCAGCGGGGAGUGUGACGGCAAUGACCGUUUUCUUCCCACUUGACACUGCAAGACUACGGCUGCAAGUGGAUGAGAAGAGGAAAGCCAGGUCCACUCCUGCCAUUCUGUCAGAGAUUGUCAAGGAAGAAGGGUUGCUGGCGCCCUACAGGGGCUGGCUCCCAGUGAUCUGUAGUCUCUGCUGUUCCAACUUCGUCUACUUCUACUGCUUCCACAGCCUGAGAGCCAGCUGGCUCCGGGGACACAAGUCAACUCCAAGCAGAGACCUGCUAAUGGGCAUUGCUGCAGGUGUAGUGAACGUGCUUGUGACCACUCCGCUGUGGGUGGUCAACACACGACUCAAGCUUCAAGGGGCAAAGUUCCGCAAUGCAGAUAUCCGUCCCACUAACUACUCAGGCAUCAUGGAUGCCUUUGUGCAGAUCAUUGAGGACGAAGGGGUAGGGGCCCUGUGGAAUGGGACAUUCCCCUCUCUCCUGCUGGUGCUCAACCCGGCUGUCCAGUUCAUGAUCUAUGAGGGCCUGAAGAGGCAGCUGAGAAGCUUGGUUCACAGAGAGCUGUUGUCUCUGGAGAUAUUUCUGUUUGGUGCCAUAGCCAAAGCAGUGGCCACCACAUUCACAUACCCACUACAGACUGUACAGUCCAUCCUUAGGUUUGGUCAACACAAGCAGCACACAGACAGAUCACCAUUGCUGAACAGCCUGAGAAGUGUGAUGUAUCUGCUGAUCAAUAGAGUGAGGAAGUAUGGCAUGCUGGGCCUGUUCAAAGGCCUGGAAGCUAAACUCCUGCAGACCGUCCUGACCGCUGCUCUCAUGUUCCUGCUCUACGAGAAGAUCGCCAGCAGCAUCUUCAGGGUCAUGGGAGUGAAGAGGCCUGCGUCCAGCCACUAGCCUGUCUGUGACAUCAGACAUCCGAUCCCAUAUUGUUGCCCUAUCUGUCUCCCCUUGGCCCUAACCCCUCAAUGUUGGCAUGUAUAAAGGGUCUGGAUCGGUAUAAGCAAUGUAGUUAGGGGUAAAUCUUCCA